GUGCGCAACACAAUGAGUGCCGCAGUUGGAACUAUGAUUGGAUUAUCUAUGUUAGCUGCUGGAGCUUUAUAUGUUUCUUUCAAAGCGGUUACUGAUGAAAUAAAUAAGAAUUCUGAUACUGAAUCGGAUAACAUCACCAAGAGUUACUUACUGAUUAGUUCUGAUGGAGAAGAUACACAAUAUAUUUUAUUUACAAGAGACCAUUCGCCGUAUAACAUUAGGCGUGGAGAUUUUGAAACUCUUAGUGCAUCUGGGUUUAAUAUAAGUAACCCUACUAAAAUAAUAACCCAUGGAUUUUUAAGUGGUAUCCAGUUCGAGGUAUUUACGUUGAUUAAAGAUGCGUACCUAAAUGUCUCAGAUUACAACGUUAUUGGCUUGGAUUGGUCGGUACUGUGCCGUACUGAAUAUGUCUCAGCUAUACGUGGUGCAAGGACUGCUGGAGACGACCUAGGUGAGUUUAUAAAAUGGCUGGUUUUGAAUGGAGUUAGUUUGGAUGAUAUCCAUCUGAUUGGUCAUAGUCUUGGAGCUCACGUAGUUGGAGUUGGAGGCAGCAAAGUUAAAGAUGGAAAAGUAGGAAGAAUUACAGGUUUAGAUCCAGCUGGACCAGGUUAUGGUGAUAUUAGUGAAGAUUUAAGGCUCGACCCACAGGAUGCCAAACUUGUAGAUGUUGUUCACACAUUCAUGCGGGUUAUCGGUAUAACCAGACCUUUAGGACACGUUGAUUUUUAUCCUAAUGGAGGCAGAUACCAACCAGGAUGUCCAGAUAUCAAUAAAUUGAAACCAACUGAAACUAUUUUUUGUAACCACGGUAGAUCGUAUCAGCUUUUUGCUGAAUCCAUAAUUAACUCAAAAGCCUUCAAUUGUAAGAAGUGUUCCUCUUUGGAAGAUGCUCUGUACAGCAGAUGUUUAGAAGACACGGAUGUAUACAUGGGCCAAUCAGAGACUUACAAAUAUGGACUCUACUACUUUAAAACAAAUGCCGAAUCGCCAUAUUCUUUGGAUAAUAUCAAUGAUACGUAA